AGAUGCGUCCAGUUCACCCGGCGCUGUUUGCUAGGGCGGUGUUGUAUGUUGUUGUUCUUGAAAAGCGAAUUAAGUAUCUGCAAAAUUUUAUUCAGAAUUCGCAGCUUUCCGUCAUAAACAUCACAUAUUUUUGCAGCUCUCAUUGACGAGCCGCAAUGGCGCAGUACAAAGGAGCAGCGAGCGAGGCUGGAAGAGCCAUGCAACUGAUGAAGAAACGCGAAAGAGAGCGAGAGCAACUAGAGCAGUUGAAACAAAAGAUAGCAGAGGACAACAUGGUGAAGUCCAACAUUGAUAAGAAGUUCUCUGCUCACUAUGAUGCUGUUGAGCAAGAGCUGAAAUCAAGUACUGUAGGUCUUGUUACUCUGAAUGACAUGAAGGCGAAACAGGAAGCCCUUGUUAAAGAGCGAGAGAAACAACUGGCCAAAAAGGAGCAGUCUAAAGAGCUUCAGCUAAAACUGGAGAAACAGAAGGAGAAAAAGAGGAAAGAGGAGCAAAAGAGAAAAAUUGCCAGCUUGUCCUUUAAUCCAGAUGAAGGGGAAGAUGAAGAAGAAGAAGAGAAUGAUGAAGAGGAAGAAGAUGACACCCCAAUAAAGAAGAAGAAGCUAGGGAAGAACCCAGAUGUUGACACCAGCUUCCUACCAGACAGGGAAAGAGAGGAGGAGGAAAAUCGCUUGAGAGAAGAACUUAGGCAAGAAUGGGAGAGAAAGCAGGAGAAGAUCAAAGGGGAAGAAAUUGAAAUCACUUUCAGUUACUGGGAUGGGUCUGGACACCGGAAAACAGUCAAGAUGAAGAAAGGCAACACUAUUCAGCAGUUUCUCCAGAGAGCCCUGGAAGUCUUGAGGAAGGACUUUAGUGAACUGAGGUCUGCUGGAGUGGAGCAGCUUAUGUACAUUAAGGAAGAUUUGAUCAUCCCACAUCACCACAGCUUCUAUGACUUCAUUGUUACAAAAGCCAGAGGAAAGAGUGGACCGCUCUUCAGUUUUGAUGUUCAUGACGAUAUUCGUCUGGUGAACGAUGCUACUGUUGAGAAGGAUGAGUCACAUGCAGGUAAAGUGGUUUUGAGGAGCUGGUAUGAAAAAAACAAACACAUCUUUCCCGCAAGUCGCUGGGAGCCAUAUGAUCCUGAAAAGAAAUGGGACAAAUACACUAUCCGGUGAGUUGGCUGUCUGCUUCCAUGAAGAGUACAGAUUUUAUACAUAUAUUGCUAAUGUUUGCAUGUAGUGGCAUUUUAUUUUUGACAGGAAGCAGUCAAAAAUGUGAUUCUCCUUUUGUUUUUGUGUUCCGAAAUAUUACUGCAUUCACUGGGGAAACCAUGAAAUUCAUUUCGCAUUACAUUGUUGAGUCUCACCUGUCACAUGUCUGAUAAAGGUAAAUGUUAUGGUAAAUGUUACAACAAAUGUUACCAUCUGAUUAUGGGAAUUGCAUCUCUGUGAGAUGUACAAUUUUGGAUGUAAAUAUAGCUAAAAAUGCUCGUAGAAACCCAGUAUGACCAUUUCUAUCUCACUCCUUGCAACUUUGUCAUAAAUAAAUCAUUUCCUGUGUA